AUGGUGAAGCCUAUGUCAAAUAUCUACGCCCUUGCGGGUUUCGGCACGAUUGGAGGAGCCCUCUUCGGUUUUGAUAUCAGUUCCAUGAGUGCAUGGAUUGGAACCGAACAGUAUGCUGAAUACUUCAAUCAUCCGAGCUCCGAUCUCCAGGGUGGCAUCACCGCUUCUAUGUCCGCUGGUUCUUUCGUCGGCGCCCUCGGCGCUGGUUUCCUCUCUGACAGACUCGGUCGCAAGCGUGCAAUGGAAGUUGCAGCCAUCAUUUGGAUCAUUGGUUCCGCUAUCCAGUGCAGUGCUCAGAAUGUCGCCCAGCUUAUCGUCGGUCGUGUCAUCAACGGUUUCACAGUUGGUAUCAUGUCUUCCCAGGUCCCCGUGUACCUCGCCGAGCUCUCCCCUGGCCGUAUUCGUGGUCGUGUUGUCGGUAUCCAGCAGUGGGCCAUUGAGUGGGGUAUCCUGAUCAUGUACCUGAUCUCUUACGGAUGCUCCAAGGUUGAGGGUCCUGCAUCUUUCCGUAUCGCCUGGGGAAUCCAGGGCAUCCCGGCCUUCAUUCUCCUCGGCGCCCUGUUUUUCUUCCCGGAGAGCCCGCGUUGGUUGGCCAGCAAAGACCGGUGGGAAGAGAGCUUGGAUGUCCUGGCCUUGCUCCACGGCAAUGGCGAUCCCCAGCACCCUGUCGCGCAAGCGGAAUACCUUGAGGUCCGCGAAGCCGUUCGCGUUGCGCAGGAAUCAAAGGAACUUACUGUCCUCGGCCUCUUCGGUCCUAAGAUGUGGCGCCGCACCAUGGCCGGCACCUUCGUACAACUGUGGCAGCAACUCCUCGGCGGCAACGUCAUGAUGUACUACAUCGUCUACGUCUUCAACAUGGCAGGUCUUACCGGAAACGUCAACCUCUACUCGUCUGCCAUUCAGUACGUCAUCUUCCUAGUGACGACGGGCUUUACGCUUUGCUUCAUCGAGAAGGUCGGACGUCGCCAGUUGCUCAUCUACGGCUCCAUCAUCAUGUGCGCUCUCAACUUCGCCGUCGCCGGCAUCAUGGCCGAGCACGGCCGUCCCGUCGACGGUGUCGGUGAGAACACGAACAUCAAGUGGCAGGUUCUCGGCCAUCCCGCCAAGGGAAUCAUCGCUUGCUCGUAUAUCUUCGUCGGUGUCUAUGGUCUGACCUGGGCCCCUGCUGCAUGGAUUUACUGCUCCGAAGUCUUCCCUCUGCGCUGGCGUGCGAAGGGUGUCGGUCUGUCGGCCGCCACCAACUGGAUCUUCAACUUCGCACUUGCCUACUUCGUGCCCCCGGCCUUCGAGAACAUUGUCUGGCGCACUUACAUCAUUUUCGGCGUCUUCUGCUUCGUCGGCACCAUACACGUCUUCUUCUCUUUCCCGGAGACGGCCGGCAAGACUCUCGAGGAAAUCGAUGCCGUUUUCGAGCCCGGUGUCAAGGCAUGGAAGACGGGCAACAUGAAGUCGAACUUCUCUGAGAAGGUGGCAGCCGUGCAGAGCAAGGGCUUGGAUGCAAAUGAGCUGGUACACUCUGAGAGCGCCCAUGUCGUGGAUGAGAAGGGUACCGUGGUCAAGAACGACACCGUUGUCUAA